AUGCCCCGUACUGCUAUGAUACGCAACCAUAGUAUUAAAGUUGAUAUUGUGACCGAGAAUGGUUUGGUUUGGGUGAAAGUUAUUGCUAGAAACGCAAAAGCAUUUCGACAUGAAUUAAUGGGUUUGGAAUGGGAAGAUUCUGAAUCAGAGCUGUCUUCUGAUGAGGAAGAAAUGCAACAAAACAAUAGCGCCAAAUCAGCUGGAGAUUUCGAUAGUCUACCCAUUUUUAAAAAGGCACGUGAAUACUUGAGGACAGCGAAGGCACACCAUGUUCAAUUUUUUACACCGAUUGUUGUAUUUGCCUUUAUGCGAAUUCAACCUGAGGAAGAUGUAUUUGUUCAACGUAUCAUGGAUAGGCUGAUAGAAAUGGGGAUUGUAGUUCAUUUACAAAGACCAGAGCACAAAUUAAAAUCAUCUUAUGAAACGUUGUUAAAAAAUUCAGUAAAGGGGCAGGAUAUAGAUUAUUUCACCACGCCGUCAUUAAAUAUGGAUGUCAGUUCAAUUCUAGCCAUAUUAUCCGAAUUAUCACAUCAUGUGUGCUUACCAGAGGAAGUGUCGGCAAUCCCAUUACAGGUUCAAGCAGAGCGCGAGGCCCAGGUACCCGCGCUGCCUCAAAUAGUACCUUAUGUCACGGGGAAAAAACUAUUUAUCAUCCAAACUGCAUAUGAUCGAUUGAAGGGCAUAGUCGAUGUUGUGGGUGGUACUCGUGAGGUAGCUAGAUUUAAAUAUUUAUUUAAAAAACAUCUCGGUUUCAAUGAUUUAGAAUUCGAUCAAGAUUUAUGGACACAAUUACCUCCUCUUUCUAUUGACGUUAUACCGGAUGCACAUUCUGAAGCUUUUACAAGACUAUUGGAACCUCCCUCACAAAAAUCAAAAUUAAAUAACGGUAGAAAGAUUCGCACAAAGUUUUCAGAUUUUCAUGCAAAAAUCUUUGGAAGUGGUGACUUCUAUAAAAUGACCACUCUGACUUCAAUUCAAUGGAUGGAAUCAGCACUUAGAGACGCGGGCUUACAAGGCUCUUUGAUUAUCUCCCAUGAACCUCGAUCUCUAGCCGAGAAAAAAAUGACAACAAGGAACAACAUCUAA